UUCCAGGUUGCCAUGGCAGCGGUUUCGCAGAGAGCCAGCGGUAUCCCGCAGCCCGUCUCCAAGACUCGCGGUCCCAGCAGGCUGGCCAGCAUGCAGUCGCAGUUCCAACAGCGCGAAGCAGCUGAUCGUCAGAAGAAGCUCGCCGAGCUGGCUCCAGUGCGAGCCACGCCUUCAGAAACAGCCCGCCCCGCCGCGGCGCCCGGCCGAACUCAAACCGAGCUGGGCCACCGCGGGGCAGCGCCACCGGCGGUUGACAAAGCCCGCCAGGCUUCGUCGGUGAACCGUGGCAAGGUCAACGGCAGCGUGGGCUCCUCGGUGGGCCCCGUGUCCGCCGGGGCCCGCGGCGCGCCAAGUUCGUCUGGCAGCGGUGGCAAGGUGCGCGCCAUGUUUCAAACGCGGCGCGCCGGCACAGCCGCACAGACGUCGCCCGUCGGCUGGGACAGGAGCUACCCGCUGGACCCGAUCAAGAAGACUGCGCCCGCGCCCUCCCGCGCCGCCGCCCAGCCGCCUCCCCCCGCAGCGAGCAAGCCAGCGGCGGCGCCGCCGGCGCGGAGCCGGCGCCCCGAGGCUGUCGAGCCUCGCCGGCCUGCCCCGCCGCGGGCCGCGGCAGCACCGCCGCGCUCUGCGCCCGCCCCCACCAGACCGACGCGCACCCCCGCCAAGGAGAAUCAGCCACCGUCUGCCGCUGGGCCCCGCCCGCCGCCGGCCGACCCCAACCUGGCCCAGUGUCCGAUCUGCUCCCGCGCCUUCGCGAAGGACCGGCUGGACAAGCACCAGGCCAUCUGCGAGAAGUCCACCAAGAAGAAGCGCAAGGUGUUCGACCCGGUCAAGAUGCGUGUGCAGGGCACCGAGUCCGAGAGCUACCUGCGCAAGAUCAAGUCCAAGAAGCCCGAGAAGCAGGUGGCGCCACCGAAGAAGGACUGGCGCAAGCAGCACGAGGAGUUCAUCCGCAACAUUCGCGCGGCGAAGAAGGCGCAGGCGCAUCUGGCGGCCGGCGGAAAGCUGGAGGACCUGCCGCCACCGCCGCCCAUGGACACGUCCGACUACGUCACGUGUCCACACUGCGGCCGCCGCUUCAGCGAAGCGGCCGCCGACCGACACGUGCCCAAGUGCGCCACGAUCGCCAGCAACAAGCCGGCGGCGGGCCGUGCACAGAAGUCAGCCGCCCGUGCUCCGCCGGCAAGGCUUCGCCGCUAGGGGCGCUGCGGUCUUGCCGCCAGGGGCGCUGGGGUCGCGGUGGUGGGAGCGCUGUGGUCGCGCCGCUAGAGGUGCUGCGAUCGUUCCGUCAGAGGCGCUGCAGCUGAGCCGCCAGAGCUGCUGCUGUCGUGAGGAUCGGAGGUCUGGAAUUGGUGGUGACGUGGCUCUUGGCAGAUGGCAGGGCCGAUCGGACCGGAUUUUCUGCGCUUCUUGAAAGGCAGUGGGUGUAAAUAAGGGUCAGGCCUAGCUUGAACAUGCGCUGAUGACUGGCUGGCUCAUGUUUGACGCCAAUUUCUGUGUUAGAGACGACCUGGGACGUGGACAAUUCCGACACGUCAUUGGUAUUUUUUUACCUAUUUACACGUUUCUGAGAAACCUUCACGAACCCUGGUGUUCAUGUAAAAAUGCUUAAGUUGAAGUUCAGUCCAUGUUUUGCUGACUAGAACGAUGAACUAAAAAAGAUGACUGGCCGUGAAAACAAAACGAAAGCAUGCCAACUAAAACACUGGUCCUAAUGUAGUCGUCUUGAAAUCGAUGUCUAACAUCUUAACGGUUUUUAUGGUUUCGUGAGCAUGUUGCGCCUCCUCCCCCCAUAUGCAGAAAUCAUUUGCAGUGAUAUUCCUUGACCUGGGACUGUCACAUCGUGUUGUGAAAACUGGAACUCUUCACAGCCUUUUUAAGAAAACCAUGUUGUUUAUGACAGAAAGCCUUUUUCUGUGAUAUGAGAACGAGAGAUAUAAUGUAGUAACUUAACAUUGCAUGCCGUUUCAACGGAAACAAACUUACAAGUAGACCAUAACGCGAAGCCAGCAGCCGAAAUGCCCGGCAGGGCAGAGAUGCAACUGGGGGCGGCAGUUUUCUACAUGAUGUUCCGCACGUCGACAGGAAAGCAUCUUGGCGCCGCGAACGUUUCGCAGCGGUUCCUGAGCUGCGCGUAUGACAGUGACGCUUGUAUUCUGCGCCUCCGGGGCGGCUAGCCGACUCCGCUCUUGCUGCACCGGUGACUGAGCGUGUUGUGUUCGCUUGAAUGCCAGGGUAUGGUGUGCCGCCUGCGGACUGUGGCGGGCGUGUGGUAACGAAACUCAGUUGGAUCUAUGUGUAGUGUGGAAGCUGGUGAAAAAUAAACUGCCUGUUGGCCCAACUA